ACAGCAGAGGAUCCUCCCCCUGAUUUGAAACCGAAACUAAUGGCAGCGUCUAGUUAGAACGAUUGAGGAAUAAGGCUGCAAGGAUAUAGAUGUUGAGCCGACGAGGUCUCCCACGCGAAGAUGUUAAAAUGUGUAUUGGUGUGGUGGGAUGUGGCCAAAUGGGUUCGGGAAUCGCACAGCUCGCUGCAGUGAAUGGCUAUGAGGUCUGGCUUCAUGAUGCUGACUCUGUGGCUCUGUCAAAAGCGCGUGAAUCUAUCUCAUCAAGAAUCGAAAACCUAGUCCUCAAAGGCUAUCUCACCAAGGGAAAAGGUACUGAAGCGAUAAGGAACUUGAGGUGUACAUCAAAUUUGGAGGAUUUUCACUCUGCAGAUAUGGUAAUUGAAGCCAUUGUGGAGUCGGAGGAUGUGAAAAAGAAGUUGUUUGUUCAAUUGGACAACAUUGUUAAAAGUUCUUCUAUCUUGGCAUCAAACACCAGCUCAAUCUCGAUUACUAGAUUAGCUUCUGUGACCAGCCGACCAAGCCAGGUUAUAGGUAUGCAUUUUAUGAAUCCUCCACCUGUUAUGAAGCUAGUUGAGAUUAUUCGAGGAGCUAGUACAUCGGAUGAUACGUUCAAUGCCACAAAAUCAUUGGCAGAGAGGUUUGGCAAGAAGAUUGUUUGUUCCCAGGAUUUCUCCGGCUUCAUUGUAAACCGGGUUCUGAUGCCAAUGAUAAAUGAAGCUUUUUAUGCACUGUAUACGGGUGUGGCAACGAAGGAGGACAUCGAUGCAGGAAUGAAGCUGGGAACAAACCAUCCGAUGGGUCCCUUGGAACUCGCUGAUCAUAUUGGACUCGACGUUUGCUUGUCAAUAAUGAAAGUCCUGCAUGCCGGCUUAGGGGAUAGUAAGUAUCUGCCAUGCCCUUUGCUCGUGCAGUACGUUGAUGCUGGUCGCCUUGGUAGAAAGAAGGGUGUCGGCGUAUACAAUUACAGUAAAAUCUGAGGAGUUUGUCUCAGGCUGUCUGCAACACUAGGGAUCUCAGCUAUGCCUUUUGUUGCGAUCUAGUGUAGUACUCCCUCCGUCCCAUUCUAAGGGACACAGAAUGGGACACAUUUUCCUUUUCGGGAUGUUUCACUUUAAGUGUGUGUGAACUGAAUAUGUGGUUUGCAAUAAUAUGGAAAUAUGCUUGUGAGAAA